CAACAACCACCUGCUGGUACUGCGGCGCGUCUUCGGAACCUUGUCUCCAGCGUUCAAAACUGUCUCCUCGCUGGAUGUAACGGUACGUAUAAAGGCGAAUGGGCAGAGGCGUACCAACAUACUCAACCACUUCAAUCUUCUUGUUUUUCUUCUCAUGUCUCGACUAGCUCUUUUCUUGACGUUCACCACCUCCCUCGCAUCGGUCUUUGCGGCCGAACUUGCUGAGAGGGACACAACCGAUACUUCUGUUCAUGCAGGCGGAUACACACCUUCGCGACAACUUGCCUCUAUGGCAAUUAUCGCGUUUGCGCAGUCGGCGAUUGUGUCCUUGAUCCACUUCUUCUGGGUCCGACCGAUGAAAGUCUCUCUGCUUACUUACACUGUCGGAAUGUUUGCGCUCACUGCUGGUUUCCUUCUCCGGGCCAUGGACACGGUUGCGCCUUUCCAACUGUGGAAGUACAUCACCUGGGACCUGCUCACUCUUCUCUCGGUACCUAUUCUCGCACUCACUUCGGAACCAGCACUGAUAACCCUACAGCCCAGUUUCUUUAUCGCCACAUGCUACUUUCUGCUUGCUCACUUGGGUAAUACGUUCGACCCUGAUGUCGUCUCGCGGUCCCUUGCCGUCAGCCCCUCGCGCAUCAUGACGUUCUUCGUCGGGAGCAACCUCGUCAGUUUCCUGCUCGAGGGCGGUGGUGGAGCCAUGACUCAUUCGCAAAACGGCUCUGUGGCGCAAACGGGUUCCAAGAUCGUCUUGAUCGGAUUCAUCCUCCAGGCCGCGACGCUCCUCCUCUUCAUUUUCCUUUUGAUUUCUUUCACUACCCGAAUGUCCACUGACUACCCCCAUCUCUGGAAACCCGACCACGUGGCCAAGUGGAAGAUGAUGUCUGCUGGUCCGAUCGAGAACUGGCGCCUGCUUGUCUACAUGAUCUUCAUCGUCUGCGGCGGACUGCUGGUGAGCACCGUGUACCGCGUGGUCGAAUACAUCGGAGGAUACAACGGCACGGUAGCCAACAAAGAGUUGUAUUUCUACCUCUUUGACGCCCUGCCUCUCGCCAUGACCACUUCGAUGUUCAUCACGCUCUGGCCGGCACGGUUCCUCCACCAUCAAGGACACCGUUAUUCUCUGCGCGGCGAGCCGAGCCACGAAGCCCUUAAACUUAAUUCCUUCACCGAGGCUUAAAUGACGAUCCGCUUCUUUCUUCGGACUCGG